AUUGCCAUCGCCUUGUGUAGUAGUAGAGUGUGGCUUAAUACACAACCGCGCAUUAGUCUGUGGACGGCCGUUAAGUGUUUUGUGCUAAGGCAAAAAAAAAUUAUUAAAAAAAUUGUAUUAAUUUUUCCAAAGCGUAUCUUCGUUGUAUAUAUUUUCUAAUAUUUGCGUUUUUUACUUUUUCGAUACAUUAAUAAGAUAAUAUAUUAUUAAUCUACCGGUUGUUUUUCUAACUCUUUUUUUUUUUUCGUCGCCCGACAAACCGAACCCGGGGAGAGGGGCCUGACUGUUUUUUUUAUUAUUAUUAUAAUUUUGUUUUUUUAUCUAUGUACUUACCGAUGGUCGCGCUAUUAUGACGGAUUGUUUCGGAUUAUGCGCACUGUUCGAUUCGGCGGGCAAACCGAGCAAAUCCGACGACAACACGGUUAUUAUGGGCAGAAGCAUAUCGAAACCGCACGAGACCGAAGCUGAAGACAGUUCGGGCAACGAAAUGCCUACAGCCAGAUCAUUCGGGAGGGAGACGAUCGGACCGCUGGUAGUCGACUGGAUCGACUAUUGUCUGGAAGAAAACGGUUCCAAGCACAGAACCAGCAAGUAUGCUUGUAUGAGAGACACAAAGUUCGGGUUGGUGGUGCGCCGGGGUCAGACGUUCAGCUUGAUAAUCAAAUUCAACAGAGUCUAUCACAUCAUCAACGACAGCGUUUCGUUUGUGUUCACUUGCGAAGGUGCGGAUAAACCAAAUUUCGGACACGGUACGUUGGCAGUCGUGCCUUUGUUGCGGAAACCGACAAACGAUUUGAACUGGUCGGCUUACGUGCUGGAAGUCAACGAACAACAACUCAAAGUAAAAAUUAUGCCGUCGGUGACCUGUAUCGUGGGAAGAUGGUUUGUGGACAUCGACACCAAGUUCAAACGGGACGUUUCCUACAACUACAGCCACCGGAAUCCGAUCUACAUAAUUUUCAACCCUUGGGUUCAAGACGAGGACGUGUACCUGAAGGACGACAAACACAGGGAGGAGUACGUGCUGAACGAAGACGGAUUGAUGUGGCGCGGCAGUUACAACCGGAUGAAGGAGGUCGUGUGGAAGUACGGGCAAUUCGACAAGGACGUGCUCGACUGCUGUUUGUAUUUAUUGCUCAAAGUGGGAAAGCUGUCGUUUUCCAGCUGCAACGACCCCGUGAUCGUGAGCAGGGUCCUCUCGGCGGCCGUGAACUCUCCGGACGACAUGGGUGCCGUCACCGGCAAUUGGACUGAAGAUUUCGGGGGAGGUACACCGCCCAUCGAUUGGCUGGGCAGCUCCGAAAUCCUGCAAAAGUUCUAUCAGAAAAAGAAAUCCGUCAAGUACGGACAGUGUUGGGUGUUUGCCGGCGUUCUGACAACGGCUUGCAGAGCACUCGGUAUACCUUGUCGUCCGGUCACCGCUUACAGUGCGGCACACGACACCCAAAACAGCUUGACGGUCGAUUAUUUCGUCGACGAGAACGGAAAAAUCAUGGAAGAGAUGAUUACCGAUUCCAUUUGGAAUUAUCACGUCUGGAACGAAGUGUGGAUGACAAGGCCCGACUUGAAAGUGACGGCACACGGCUGGCAAGUGAUCGACGCCACACCGCAAGAACUCAGCGAGAACAUUUACAGAUGUGGCCCUGCCAACGUGGCUGCCGUCAAAGCCGGUGAAGUGCGAACCCCUUACGACACAGGUUUCGUUUUCUCUGAAGUGAACGCCGACAAGGUCUACUGGAAGUACAACGGCGUGUCUCAACCGCUCAAGUUGUUGCGCAAAGACGAAGAGGCAAUCGGACGGUUCAUUUGCACCAAAGCCGUGGACAUGUGGGAACCGGAAGACAUCACCGAUAGCUAUAAAUACCGAGAAAAAUCUCGCGAAGAAAGAAACGCCAUGUUAAACGCGUUGAAGCAGAGUUCCAGUAUUUUUAGUCGUUACUACUUAAACGAAAAUUUCAACGAUAUAAAAUUCGAUUUCAAUCUAGUCGACGACAUUGUUAUUGGAGAAAAUUUCAGGGUUGCCGUAUCAAUAACUAACCGUGGCGCACAGGAUUACACUGUGAAAAUAGUUUUGCGCAUAGAAUCAAUGGACUACACUGGCAAAAACAACGCACUGAUCGCUUCAAUUGAGGAUGAAAAAGUCGUUCUCCACGACGUUGAUGCAAACGUUCAAGUGGUUCACACUGUGUUGACUUACUUUGACUAUGCCAAAUACGUGAAGAACCAAAACGUGUUCAACAUAUCUUGUCUGGCCUCCGUUUUGGACACACACUUUGAGUAUUACGCCCAAGACGAUUUCCGAGUGCGAAACCCGGACAUUUCCAUUACCUUCGACCAAUCGCCAAUUUUGGGCAAUACUUGUAUGGCGACGGCUUCGUUCGUUAAUCCCCUGCCGGUGACGUUGAAAAAAGGAAUAUUUUACAUCGAAGGAGCGUUGGUGGGCAAAAGACUCAAAAUCAAACUCACCAAGAACGUGGAUUCCAAAGACGAAGUGACUGUUUCGUUUAAGGUUGUACCGCAAACGGUCGGCAGAAACGUGCUGGCUGCAAAGUUUACAUCAAAUGAGCUUCAAGACGUUGACGGGUUCCUGGUUUUCAUGGUAAAACGCGAAUAGUGUACGACAGUGUAGGACAUUUGAGGCGCUCAGAUGUCAAACCGAUUGACUCCAUAAAAUGGAAUUUUUCGGGACAGGUAGUUAAAGUUGUUUGAAACAAUGUAUGUAAGUACAAUUGCCAAUUUUCUUAGCGCACUCUAGUGGUGAAAAAUUUAACUAAGGAGUUAUUUAUCUUGGCCACUGAAAAUGAUAAAAAAGUGCAGUUAAUCGGUUUGGCAUCUGAGCGCCUCAAUUUUUAUUAUUAUAAUUCGAUUUAAGCGAAAAAUUGUAUUUUUUUUUCCAAAUUACUUUUCUAUUCAUCGUGUACCACAUCUACAUUGUUAUUUUGUGGUUUUCAGUCAGGCCGUGUCGACUGACCGAUAGUGUUAGACGACUUAUAUUAUAUUAUAACGGUUUUAACUAAUUUAGUAACUAUAAUAAUAUUCGACACACGUGCCAUCUAUUUUGUGUAGAUAAUAUUUAAAAACACCAUCGCUAUAGCUGAAUUACUGGAAUAACUAGAUAAUAUAUUGUAUUUUAAGUAAUGUUCUAUGUAUUAUUAUAUUGUAUUUUUUUUUUAUUUCGAUCGUUUAUUAAAA